CUUCCGCGAACUAUGGCUCUCCAGCUGAUACUGCAGAGGCACUUCCCCUGUAGAAAUAUAUCUCGAUCUCAGGUUUUAGGCGAAUGGGUGGAAGUGUGCAUGAGAACUCGGAUUAUAAUGACCAUUUAAGUGUGGUUCUCAGCGUGACGUCAGUGGAAAUUGGUCGAGAGGAGUGGAGUGAAAAUCUGGAAUAUCCGUAAUGUAUUUUCUUUGGAUGUUGCCUACGUGACUGUGACGCAAUCGAUUUGAUGGUGAUAUAGGUCAGAAUGGAAUCUGUGAAAGAACAAAGCAUUGUAACUUUGGUGAGCAAUGACCCUUGGAAAGACAAGAGAAAGUACGGAAGGACAUGUAGACAGAGACGCAGGCAGAAGUCAGGUGAGACAAGGUCGUACACGGUGGACUCAAGCUCGAUAUUGGUCAGCCUUUGUCAGUGGCUCAAGCAGAAGGGGAUGAGAAGGCAUUUGGGCUCAUGCUUAAAAGUGGCAGUGUUUUCCAGCACUGGACGAGGACUCAUGGCAGUGAAUGGUGUCAGAGCAGGGGAAGUAGUGGUUAGUAUUCCAAGACAAGCAUUGAUAACUUGUGAGGAUGUGAUGCAUGACGAUCAUCUUGGGGCUGUUCUCAGAGGCUCAGGAAAGAAGUUGAAGGCUAUGGAAGUCUUAACAAUAUUUCUAGUGUACCACAAACCCUUAGAGGAAACUUCACCUUGGAGACCUUACUUGGAGAGUCUACCAAAAAGUUACACUGUACCUAUAUAUUGUUCUAAAAGUGAGCAUGAGCUGUUGCCAACAUUUUUGAAAGCCUUUGCAGACCAACAAGAGGAAGAUAUUAAUGCCUGUUAUAUUAAUAUCAAAGAGAUAAUUUCCCAAACUUUAGGGAGAGACACAUUAUGUAUAGAUGAUGUCAAAUGGGCAUGGUUCACUGUGAACACAAGAGCAGUGUAUCUUAAGAAUGAAUCUCCUGAUCCUGUAUUGCUGGAUGAGGAUAAAUAUGCAUUAGCCCCUUACCUGGAUCUCUUGAACCACACUCCUAAUGCUCAGGUAACUACAGGACUAAACAAAAAGAACAACUGUUAUGAAAUUGUAACACAAGUCCCCUAUGGGCCCUUUGAACAAGUUUUCAUUAAUUAUGGACCACAUGAUAAUAUUAGGUUAUAUAGAGAAUAUGGUUUCACUGUUCCAAAUAAUCCUCAUAAUAGUGUUCCAGUGACUUUAGAUGACAUAAAAAAAGUUGUUAAAAGUGUCUGCAGUGACAGUGAAAGAAUUAGUGAUAUGUAUAAUAAGUGCAAAUUAUUAAAAUGCCAUCAUCUAGAUGAGGGUUUGGUAGUCAGUAAUGAUGGUCCCUCAUGGACACUAGUGGUGGCUACAACCAUCUUACUGAUGUCUGCUAUGGAACUCAACAGAUGGCAGGUUGUUUAUCAUGACUACCAAGGUGUACAGCACCGGAAACUUGUUCUAGAAGUGCUCAAUCAUGUUAUUGAGUGUAAACUGCAAGAACUCCAAGAGUGCCUUGAAGAAAUGGAUUCUGUUCUGACUUGCACUGAAGCUUUUAUGGCUGGCAGAAAUCUUGUUAGAGAGUGUUGCAUGCUUUUGAGGGAAGUAGCCUUAAGAGAGGGCAAAGCAGUGUGAUGAUCUGAUAAUAAAAAAAAGGAAAAAGUACUGUUUACUUUGGGUUUCUAUUUCAUUAUUUAUUGAUGAAUUUAAAUUUGAUUAUUUAUGAUGAUAAAAUUUAUAUAGCAAGAUAAUACAAACAAAAGAUUGUGAUUCUGGAAUGUACAUUUGUCUGUUGCAUGCCAUAUUUGUGGCUGACAUGUAGAAAUCCUUUGAAAA